AUGGACGAUGGACAGGUGAGGAGCCUGUCUGAUGUAAAUGUACUUACUUACAAUUUUUUUUAGCAGGUACGUGGCCCAAAAAUGUUCAGGUUGUGGCGUGUCUGCUUUGUGAGUACUUUACUGAUACAUUCUCAUUUUUCUGGUGUUGCUGGAACAACUGGAAGUAAUGGAGCAGUACUGCGGAUGAGCAGAACAGCACUGAAUAAAGGUAACAAGAGAAAUAUACAGUAUCUCACAAAAGUGAGUACACCCCUGACAUUUUUGUAAAUAUUUUAUUAUAUCUUUUCAUGUGACAACACUGAAGAAAUGACACUCUGCUACAAUGUAAAGUAGUAAGUGUACAGCCUGUAUAACAAUGUAAAUUUGCUGCCCCCUCAAAAUAACUCAACACACAGCCAUUAAUGUCUAAACCGUUGAAAACAAAAGUGAGUACACUCCUAAGUGGAAAUGUCCAAAUUGGGCUCAGUUAGCCAUUUUCUCUCCCUGGUGUCAUGUGACUCUUUAGUGUUACAAGGUUUCAGGUGUGCAUGGGGAGCAGGUGUUAUCGCUCUCACACUCUCUCAUACUGGUCACUGGAAGUUCAACAUGGCACAUCAUGGCAAAGAAAUCUCUGAGGAUCUUAAAAAAAAGAAUUGUUGCUCUACAUAAAGAUGGCCUAGGCUAUAACAAGAUUGCCAAGACCCUGAAACUGAGCUGAAGCACGGUGGGCAAGACCAUACAGUGGUUUCACAGGACAGGUUACACUCAGAACAGACCUCGCCAUGGUCGACCAAAGAAGUUGAGUGCACGUGCUCAGCAUCAUAUACAGAGGUUGGGAAAUAGACGUAUGAGUGCUGCCAGCAUUGCUGCAGAGAUUGAAGGGGUAGAGGGUCAUCCUGUCAGUGCUUAGACCAUACGCCUCACACUGCAUCAAAUUGGUCUCCAUGGCUGUCAUCCCAGAAGGAAGGCUCUUCUAAAGAUGAUACACAAGAAAGCCCGCAAACACCUUGAAUGCCAACAUGUACUGUGACAUACUGAAGCAGAGCAUGAUCCCCUCCCUUUAGAGACUGGGCCGCAGGACAGUAUUCCAACAUGAUAAUAAUCCCAAACACACCUCAAAGACGACCACUGCCUUGCUAAAGAACCUAAAGGUAAAGGUGAUGGACUGGCCAAGCAUGUCUCCAGACCUAAACCCUAUUGAGUAUUUGUGGGGCAUCCUCAAGUGGAAGGUGGAGGAGCACAAGGUCUCUAACAUACACCAGCUCUGUGAUGUCGUCAUGGAGGAGUUGAAGAGGACUUCAGUGGCAACCUGUGAAGCUCUGGUGAACUCCAUGCCCAUGAGGGUUAAGGCAGUGCUGGAAAAUAAAAUGUUUAGACUUUGGGCACAAUUUGGACAAUUCCACUUAGGGGUGUACUCACUUUUGUUGCCAACAGUUUAGACAUUAAUGGCUGUGUGCUGAGUUAUUUUGAGGGGACAGCAAAUGUACACUCUUAUACAGGCUGAACACUUACUACUUUACAUUGUAGCAGAGUGUCAUUUCUUCACAUGAAAAGAUAAAAUAAAAUAUUUACAAAAAUGUGAGGGGUGUACUCACUUUUGUGAGAUACUGAAUAUCCUACCUAACCUCUUCCAAAUACAAUUUAGGAAGUAAACAUUGAGAUUGUGUUGGUUGCCCAAGUGAAAUUUAGGUCUUUUGAUAUCCUGGGAUCAAUUUACUAUAAUGUGCCAAAUAUUAACUCAGUGAUGGCCACUGAUCUCUUCUGAGAUGUUUAGCUAAUCUAAAUAGUGGAAUGGUAAAAGAGUUUUAGUUCAAUAUAAUGUUCGUAAGAUUAAUCAGUUUAUAUGGAUGAGGUUUUAAAGUGAUAGUUAGGUUGUUAUUUUAAAAUAUGAAAUUGUAUGUAUAUAAAUGCAUUUAAAGUUAUACCAAAUUUGGAAAAUAUUGUUCUUUUUCAGCUGUUUCAGGAAAAAUGAGUGGAAGCAGCUCCCAGAACAACUUGCAAAUGCCUGCAGGGGCUGGUGGAGGUGACCUUGUGGGAGGUCUUGUUGGUGGUCUUCUUGGUGGUGGAGGUGGCGGGGGUCUUCUAGGGGGUGUGUUAGGUGGUGGUGGGGGUGGAGGAGGACUUCUUGGUGGCAUACUUGGAGGUGGAGGAGGUGGUGGUGGAGGUGGUGGAGGUGGUGGAGGUGGCCUUCUUGGUGGUGUUCUAGGUGGUGGUGGUGGAGGAGGACUUCUUGGAGGCAUCCUUGGUGGAGGUGGUAGUAGUGGGGGUGGUGAUGAUGGCAGAAGAGUUGGUGGGCUUCAAGGAGGAGCUCAUGGUAAUUCUGGUGAAUGGGAUGAUCAUAGUAACAAUGGUCCUCAACCCAAUGGAGGUCUUCUUGGAAGUGGCGGAUUGCUUGGUGGCUUGCUUGGAGGCGGAGGUCUUCUUGGAAUUCUUGGAAAUGGUGGCCUAUUAAACACAGUGCAAGGCCUCACUGGGUAAGCUCUAUUAUAAACAAUGUAUGAAUUAAUUUUACACGUUUUUUAUUUGCACUGUAUUUGCUAUAAUAAUCAUUCUAUUCAAGUAUUAUUUAUAAUGUAGGUAUAGUGCAGCACCUAACAGAUGUAUGGUUCUGGCUGCAUAAUGAGCAGAUUCUUCUUCUCUAUGGUAGAUUAAAGAGCAAAAUUGUAACAGGAUGUUGCUCUCCUAAACAUACCCCCUCCCCUCCCCCCCACAAAUUGUAAAAAUGUGUCCUAUAUCUAUGCUAAUUUCAUGUUCAGGCAUAAGAGAUGGGUGUAGCAAUAAAUUAGGUUAAAUAUAAGUAUGCAAAUUCCUUCUUAAAAAAAUAAAUGCUUUGGUAAUAACAAUGAUAAAUGACAAAUCAGAUUGUUUAUUACUAAUUAUAACAAUGCCAGUACUUUGCCAUUAAUAUGAUUUUAAUGCUUAAAGGUGCACUAUAGCACUUGGAAUACAAACAUGUAUUCCUAACGCUAUGGGGCCCUAGUCACCAUUUAGGUGACUGGGUCAGCGCUGCUAGGGUUAAAAAAAGGUGAUUUACUAACGUUUCAGCACUCGCAGCUACGGUCUCCCCGCUUAAGUUCUGCCUCUUUAAUCAAAAUCAUCAAUGUUGGUGAUUGGGAGGCUACUGCGCAUGCUUGGGAAAAUGCCUUGCUGUACUCUGCUGUUUUAUGGAAAAGCCUCUAGCGCUGUCAUACUGUCAGCCACUAGAGGGAGGUUAGUCCUGUAUUCCAUUUCGAGUACAGGGCUAAAAAGGGGGGGGAGGGGGGGGGAGUCUGGGGUCUGGGCGCCUAUAGUGUUUCUUUAACAAUCUCAUCGUUAAUUACAAUUUAACAAAGUGUUCUGUAGAAUAGUACAACAUAUUAAAGAAGGGGAAAUCAGAAUGAAAACCAGUAGAAUCAGGAAGGUAAUUCCUAUCCUUUUACAUAGUUGCAGCACUAUUCCCAUCAGAUUCUUUGAUAAAUCUCCCCAAUGUGUUCAUUUGUUUGUUCUUAGUUUGCGGAUUAUUGAUCUUACACUCCCGCAAUUAUCUUUGCGCCUGCUGCCAGGAAUCGGUGUCCACCUUAACUUGUACACAAAGGUGGCUAUCAAUGGAAAAAGGUAAGGGUGAAAACUGUUUUUAUUGAUAAUAUAGGUGUAAUUGUAAAAAACACAUUUUGUAGUUUUAUUGGCAGUUAAUGGCGAAACCCUACAGUAUUUGCUUGUGUGUGUAUUUUGUCAGUUAUUGGCAAGCAAUUGAUGAUAUGGGUACAUAAACUAAACUGUUAGCAGACUUGGAGAGAUAAAGAAAUGGCAUGAAAGGUAACAUCCAGUGAAACAUAAUCAGGCUCAGUUAAUAUUUAACAGUAACAGCCCCUUUAGGUUUCAACAUGUAAGAUUUGUUUAUUAAUAACCACUCCUUAAUAGCAUUAAAAGCACACUAACUCUAAAAUACAUGAAGCAUCAAGAUUUAAAAUCUGUGAUCCUACAAAUGAUAAUGAUUCUUAGCCACAACAUAAUAAUGGUUGUUACUGGCAUCAAUAAUCACAUUUCACUUGGUGCUAAGAAUCUAAUUAUUAUUAUUAUUAUUAUUUUAAUUAGUAGUAGUAGUAUUUUUAUAGAACUAACAUAUUCCUCUAUGCUUUACAAUAUUAUGAAGGGGGAAUUUAACAAUAAAUGAGAAUGGCAAAAUGUUACAGGAACAAUAUUUUAAUGAGAACCCUGCUCAAACUACCUUACAAUCUAGAGAUCUAAUAAGUUCUAUAACUGAUCUUUUAUUAAUCUGAAGGUGCCCAAAGUUCUAAAGAACAUACUAUUUAAGGUUGCUAUAGAGCAGGCAUAGGCAACCUUCGGCACUGCAGAUGUUUUGGACUACACCUCCCAUGAUGCUUUGCCAGCAUUAUUGGUGUAAGAGCAUUAUGGGGGAUCUAGUCCACAACAUCUGGAAUGCCGAAGGUUGCCUAUCCCUGCUAUACAGGAAAGAUAAGAUAUGUUUGGGUCAGUGGAAUAUCACUCCCUCUAGUGGUCAAAAAUUAAAUAUAUUUACUAACUGCUUAUUUCGACUGUGCUUUGAGUAUUCCUUGGUUGCUAUUUUAUAUGACACAAGUGAUAUGUUUAUUUCCCAUGUCACUACAAACAUAGUUUGCUAUAGUGAGGUUAUCAGCCAUUGGGGACAUCCUUUUCUUCCCGGCAAGUCACUGUAUAGUGAUGGAGCUGCUUAUUCCCCUCUGCUGGAUCCAAGGUAGAAGUCAGGUACAGCUCUGAAAAGAGCUUAUUAAUUAUUCUGCAAAAUUCCCCUUUCAAGAAUGAGACAAGGCUACGUUUUGAAGGGUCAAGAAGAACUAACGCUUUAAUGACAGACACUGAUUCUGCCCAUGCAAGGGAGACACCCACAUAAUUAACAGUACAGCCAAUAAACACAAUAUACAUUCCAUACAUCUCCUCCCCUUAGAUAACCACAUAACAUAAUUAAAAUUAACAUAUUUUUCCCCAAAGUUUGGAUGUACCCCAAAUACUUGCAAUUUGUUCUGGGGGACCAAUAUGUCCAGAAUUCAGCCCAUUCGGUUCAGCCGUUCGGUAGAUAUGGGGCUUGAAGGUUUUGACCGACCGCACGGGCAAAAUAGCCGAAAACAGUUCCAUGAAUCCUGGCCCUGCAGUCGGUCUUAGUUCAUGCGUAAAAAGUCCCGAACGGCUGGCCAUCCCUAUAUAAUCUCACGUUAGCUGGAAUCCCCAUAAGCUGUUAAGUCUUUCUACCGAACGCCCUGUCGUUCGGUAGUUGUAGCACGAUUUUCCAAAGUUAUGGAGGUCUCAGCGGUGUUCGCCUAUUCGAGUGUCCGUUUUUUAGUUACAGACACUCGACGGCAAGUCCCGUAAUGGAAGUCCCGUAAUGGCAGCCACCCAUACAGUUCGUAUAGCGUUCGUGCGUUUCUUUGUAAGAAAAUCCCCAUAGAGCAAGGAGGUAAAUGGGUUAUAAUUAGGAAUCAAGGUGACCUGUUAUUCGGUAGCAAGCAUUCGUAUGGUGAAUGCCUCCAAUGUCCCGAACUGAAUAGUAAUCCACAGUCUCCCUAUGCAGGGUAAGUUGUCCUCUUUGUUACAAUAGUGAUGUUUUUACUUUGUUGUGAUAUCUAAUAAAGAUUGACUUCUUAACUAUUUGGAUAAUUCUUCCUCUCUAGAUACACUGGAAAUUACCAUAUUUCAUCUUCUAAACUUUUUGGCUUUGUGGAUAAAGCAAUAGAUUCUCAACUGUUACAAUGACCGUUAUUAGGGAUAUCCUAAAACUAUUUCAGGAACACAGGUCUCAAGUGAGAUCAUACGGGAAACUGAUAUACAAAAGUCACAAUUUCUGAAUAAAUUCUAAAUAGGUUGUUUGUUUGUCUUUCCACCAAACCAACACGUUUAUAAGGCUUGAAAAGGGGAAUGAAAAUUGUCGGCCAAAAUAACAGAAAAGUUUAAUAUUUCUAACUCAACUUUUUUGAAAAAAAAUUAUCUGUUUAAUUUAAAACAAUUUUGGCUGAAAAACACCCUUAGUCUAUAGAUGUAAUAUGUUUAGUAUCUCGACCCUAGUUUUUACUAUCUAGUACUCUAUUGAUAUCUUGUUUUUAUGAAUGGGUCUAUGGGUCUUUGUAGUUGAUGUUUUGCAUUGAUUUUCUAAUUCUUUGAAGUUUGUUAGGCUUCCUUGACAUCUUGGUUGAAGUUAACAUCACAGCUCGAACUAGACUCACUCAGGAGGCAUCAGGUGUACCCAGGCUGGUUAUUGAAGACUGCCAGGCACUACUUGGUGGAAUAAACGUGAGAUUGCUAAGAGGGUGCGUAUCAAAACAUUUAUGAUAAAUACAAGGCGUAAUCUAGAAGCAUUUUGGAAUCAGUGUAUACUAUCACUUUCUAUGGGCUUCCCACUAGGAUACCUAGAAUGGAAUGAGCUCUAUGUAAGAAGCCGGACACAUUUUGGUCCAUUUUAGGCAGUAACUAAUUAGAGGACACAAUGGCAUUUAUUUUGAAUGCUACAAAGAGAUUUAUUACCACUAUGUGCCAGAUCAUUUAUUUUUUACUGUAGAAAUAAUUGUGUUAUUUUGCCACAAAAUUGUUUGUAGUCACCUCUCUCUACAUUAAAAAAAAAAAAAAAAACUCACUGUAUUAUAACAUCUACUCCUUUCUCUCACCAUAGGUUGCUCUCUGGAAUUCUGGAUGGGCUGGUCAGUAAUCUCCUCCGAAAUAUACUUCCUGGCGUGGUAAGCAGUGAUAUCUGAUUUUUAACUUGCUUAACCUAAGCCUGAAGUGCAUGAAAUGCACAUACUUGUAUUUCCAACUGUCUAUGGGUUUCAACAGUAAUCGUUUUGCUUUGGCUACAUAGUAACACCACCUCUUUCUACUAAACUGUGAUUAACCCCAUUUACACCAAUAAAAAGUAAAGUUAAAAAAUCAUCAAGGGAUUUUAGCCCUAAAUCUGGUUUCAAACUUAAGGAUUCAUAUUUCCUCUCCUCUUCAGAUCAGUAGUGACACUAUACCACCCAUGGCAGUCAGUAAGAUUCACUGACCUGGUUGGAAACCAGUCAAUAAAUAGGUGUUAAUGGCCCUCAUUAUAGUUCUACCUACUGGUUAUUUUAGAAAUCUAAGGCUGAGCUCUUGCAAAAAACAAUGUAAUUAUGAAAAACCUAAUGAUGGUAAAAUGAAAAGCUUCGUCCCAACUCCAAUGCUAACAAUAAAAAUAUAUGCAUUUACUGUUUCUUUAAAAAGAAUAUUAAGCCCAUCCUCCGUAAUUAACCGAUUACCUGUUUAUACACCAUAGGUCUGUUUUGCACAUUACUUCAUUUAGCUCCUUCCUUCCUUGUGGAUAAAUAGACCAUCCAUUUCCUACUUCACAAUGUUUAUAACAUAAUUAAAUUAAUAUUAUAUGAGAUAUAUAAGUAUGGCAAGAUAUUAUGCUUGUUGAUGCUGUUGUGGCAAGUCAAGCUUGUAAUGUUAUAUGUGCACAGCAAAAAUAAAGAAUAAUAAAAAAAAAGAUACUUGAAUUAAUUUUAUUGUUCAACCUCAAUAAAUAUUUACCGAGCUUGAAAAUAAUUAAUUUCUUUAGAAAUCUUUGUAAAAGCAUACUAAUAUUUAUGAAGACCUCUGAUCGAUUCUAUCCUUUUUUAACAGUUGUGUCCGGUGGUGAAUGUCGUUCUUGACUUGACUAAUGGACUUCUGCUUACGGCAAAUUGUACGUUUGGGGGAAAAAAAUAUUUUAAAAUAUAACAUAUUGUGGGUUUCUAUUAAUUAUGCUGUUAAUAAAAUAGUGUAAAUGUUAAAAUAUGGGACAAGAGGGUACUUAGUGUUAAUCUUAAAUCUAAUAUAAGUCUUUAUUGUAUCAGUAUUUUUAGUGCAACUUAACUUCAUUUCUUACGCAGCUUUGGUUCCCCUUGGCCUAUUAGGAAGUAUCCAGUACACAGUAUCGAGUCUUCCCAUAGUGACUGGGCAGUUUAUUGAGCUGGAUUUAAAUGUAAGAUACGCACAGUACUGGAAUCUAUUUUAAAAAACUAUUGUUUGGUCCUUCUAACCAUGUUCAUUCUUGUUAUAGACAGUGGUGAGUCAAUUAGGUGGUGGACUCAUUGAUUACCCCUUGGGCCACUCUAUGAUGCCAAUCUCCAUGCCACCAAUGAUGGAAGCUACGGAAGCUCAGCUUGGGCUUUCUUCCAACUUCCUUGGCUGUGUUCUAACUGCUCUACAAAAGGAAGGCCUGAUGGAUUUAGAAUUAUCUGAUGGAGACGUAAGUGGAUAUUUAGUAAAUGAAUCUUUCACGGAACGGAUACAUAAUUCUCCAAAAAUUCUAUCUAAUCAAAUGGCAUGCUCCUGGGUCAAAUAAAAUGAUUUGUAAGAUUCAAGUGACUCACCCAAUGUACUUCGAGAUGUUAUUAUCAAGUUAAGACUAGAACAAAGUGUUGUUCUGUGUAAUCUUUUCCAGUAAUUUAAAAUAGGAACUGGCUCCUUGCUGCCAAAAACUUUAUUUGUAAAUUAAUUUGUCAUGCAAACCUACAUGGGCUGUAGGACAUUGACAAACUAAAUACAGACAGAAACACAAUGUAGCUUGGCAGGUUCCUAUAGUAUUCCUCGUUUUAAAGAAUGAAUAUUGUCUUGAUACACUCCAUUUUACAAUACACUUUGCUUGUUGAGAUCACACCAGCGAUCACUGUUAACAGCAGUAGUAAACAUUACAAGGGGUGCAAUAAAACCAGGAUCUGGCACAGGGACUCCAUCUUCUGCUGGUGGACUAGUGAGGGGAGCAGGAGAUUCGUCUACUAAACACCCUCUGAAAAUGUUCUCCAGUAGGCCAUGAGCUAUUGCUAAUCCUAAUAGCACCCAUAUUCUUUUUUUCACAAUUUGCAUGGAUCUCCUGCUAGCGGCCAGAAACCCAGCUAUAUUCAAAUAUAAAUACAAGCAUGUAUGUAACACGCACCAGAAUAACACCAGACUGUCUAUAUGCAUUUAUGUUACAGAUUCCUGGAAUUCCACCUCUCACAACUGCGGUCAUUGGUGGCGCCAUUCCAAAGGUAAAAACAAAUACAAAAAAAACAUAUAUAUGCAUUUUGACAGAGAACAUGUUAAACAUGAUAAUGUAUGAUAAAGGUACAAUUGCAAGAUACAAACAUUACUUAUUACAAAAAAAUAAGCUUGCUAUUUUACCCUUUAAUGCCAGAAUCCCGGGGGCAGUGUAACUGCUUAUGAUUGGUUUAAUAAACAUUGUUAGAGAGCUGUUACAGAAUACGAGGAGUGUAGGAAUCUUUUGCAUUAGUGGUACGGAGUGUAAGACUUGCCUGACUGUUUUAUUGUACAGACACAUGCUUUGACAAUCCUUUACAUUGGAAACGUCACUUCUCUGGAAAAUACCCUUUUCAAUAACAAAUUCAAAAACACCUAUUGUUUUGUGAACAACUCUUUUAAGGUGAUAUUCUUGUGGAGAAAGUAACCUCGACACUGUUUCUUGGAGGGGCCUGUUUGCCAGCCUCCUACCUCAGGACUAUGGGCCAUGCAAAAAAGCUCAUAAAAGAACUUGUUUGUAAUAAAGUAAUUAAUGCUAAUCGGGAACCGAACAAACGCACAAACCAGGGACUACCCGGAAGCAUGUUAAGCCCUAUCAUCACCUCUUAAUGCAGCGUUCUAAUUGUUCAUGUGGAUGGCCGCAGUUCGCACGGUCGACCACGAGGUGGCAGCCAUCUUGUUCCUGCAAAAGCAGGAAGCGGUGUUUGGUCGCCAAACUAUUUUCGGACACUGAAACUCCUGAACACCGCUGGACUUCCAUCAUAGCCUACGUUCGGUACUUUACAUCCUCGAAGAGCGCUGUUCGGUGGAAUAAUUCGUCUGAAUGAGGUGAACAAGCUCCACAGUAUGAAUAUUGACUAUGUUCGGUAUUUUGUUCGUUUUGAAAUUACCAAACUAGAUCGAUCGCAAGCCCUGAUUCUCUGGAACUGUUUUGGCCAUGGGACCAUGCGUGCGGUCGGUCAAAAUAUGACUUCCAUAGAAAUCCUGAACCCCUGAACCGAUCUGGGUGAAUUGUGGAUAUGUUAGUCAUCCAGAUCUGGGCUAUACGGGGAUGUAACUUUAAUGGGGUUUCCAUGGGUUUUAGGGGUACUUUCAAGAUAUUGCUGAAAUGUGUGUUUUUCUGCCUGGAGAUAAUGGAGUUAGUACAGUCCAUGACUCAAUUAUCUCCCAGGCACAGGGGAGGGAUUGUUUCAUUAUGUAUGGGAGUGUCCUGCAUCUGAGAGUCAAUGUAAUCAUGUAUUUGUUUCUACUGUGGUUUACUCUCAGGUCCAGGACAUAGUGCCCCUUGCACGGGGACUGUCAAAUAAGGCAAGUUGUGGCUACCAAAAAAUGAGUUCCUGCCUACCCUCAACAUAGAGUCUCAUCUCAUGUGUGGGGGGAACAGCUGUAUCUACUCUGGGGAUUGCUAUAUCACGAUACUCCCCUGGGCUGUAAUCACUGGCUCUUGUAAGAGCUACACUGCUAUACCUGCUAUACUCUCUUGGAGGAGAGGUCUUCUCACAGGCAGCUGGAUACAGGAGUUUGGUCCAGGGUGAGAAGGGACGACGAGACCCCUGCUAAACUGCGGCAGCUAAGGGGCUACGGUGCUUAUGGUUAUGGUACUCGGCAACAGCUAGGAAGCAGCAAUUGGCGGAGGUACCCAGUCGGGGUGCCAGGUGGUCCAUCACAAUUCUAUUUUUCUUUAGUUAUGUAUUAAACAUUUAGCACUUGGCAUCACAAUCCAGUUCAAUCCUGGCACACUCAGGGCACACAUUGCACUGGAAGAAGGAAGGACUGAAGCUUUGUGUCUCUUUCUCCAUCUCUCUGUGUGUUUUAUGACUCUGACUGAGAAGUACAAAGGUUGGAGCUUAUAAUUAUAUUUGACAGGAAGCCAAGAUGGAUCGCUCAAUCACAGGUUAUAACUAAGUACAGCAGAGUGGAUUUCUACAUUUUACCUUAAUUUUCAUACCUCGCAAACACAUAUUUGUUUAAUAUAGUGGGUAAAUAGAUAUAGUGUUAAAAAUGCUGGGAAGUGACGGACCACCUUUAACGAUGGAAAAACUCUUAGGGGGAACCCUGUUUGAUACUUUUACAUACAUAAAUGGACUAUUAAAGCUGAAAUUAGUUGGUUUCGAUGGCAUAUCUUGUUCUAAAGACAGAGUGACCUAAAGAUAGUGUGCAGAGAGUCACUGUAAAUGGAAAAUAUUGAAAUUGGAUGAAAGUGGUAAGUGGAGUGCCUCGGGGUUCUGUCCUGGGUCGGCAUCUAUUUAAUUUGUUUGAAGUAGACAUUGAAAGUUAUGUGUUUUUGCAGAUGACACAAAGGCCUUGAUUUCUUUCUUUUUUUAUAUAUAUAUAUAUAUAAGCUUUACAAAAGAUUAAUUUUUUUCGAUGAACUUUUAAAAGUAUUUUUUAUCAAUAUAUUAAUAGAUCAAAAAAUAUAAGAGAUAUCAAAAUAUUAAAUCAUUUAAAAGUGUAUCCAGAACUAUUAAAUUAUUUGGACAGCUUAUCCUAAAAUUAAUAGAGGGCAAAUCGAGGUAAGAUAGUGUAUUCUAAACAUGGCAUACCUUUUACACAGAACCAGCAGAUGAGAUUCAGUACAAAUAAUUGCAAAGUCAUGAAGGGCAAUUUUGGGCCCAGUUUUAAGGAAAGAUAUUGCAGUAAUAGAAGAAGCCAAGCUACAAAAUUAAUAAGGGGAAUGGGAAAUAUUAGUUACGAAGAAAGGCUAGAAAACAUUAUGUAAACAGGGUCAGUGUAACCUGUUCAUUGGCAAGGAUAUUCAACAGACAAGAAGUCACACAAUGAGACUUGUAGAAAAGGAGUUUUUACUUAAAGGACCACUAUAGUGCCAGGAAAACAAAUUUGUUUUCCUGGCACCAUAGUGUUAAUAGGUCCCCCCCCCCACCCUCAUGGCCCCCCUCCCGCCGGGCUCUAGGGGGAGGAAGGGGUUAAAGGCUUAUCUUUCUCCAGCACCGGGCUCCCUCGACGCUGGGGACUCUCCUCCCUCUUCCAACGAAUGCGCAACGCGCGGCAAGAGCACUCAAUCUAUCCAUAGGAAAGCAUUACUCUGAAACUGCUAUGUUUACAGCUGCAGGGUUAACCCUAGAUGGACCUGGCACCCAGACCACUUCAUUUCCCCUUUUUGUUGUAUUAUUUACAAUUGCUUAAAAAAGGUUUCUUGGACUUUUUUUUUGUUUUAUUAUGUUUUACCAGUAUGAAAAUCUGUAUUUUAAAGGUAGAACUCAUUGAACUGAUACUUUUCUCAACCUAGAUUAUUAUGUUACUGUGUAAUAUAUUAAUGCUAGGUAUAUAUAUAUACCAGCAAGGUAGUAUGUUCUGUUAAGCUGAGUGUUACUUUUUUACACAGGUUUCCUCAAUGUUCAAAGAAACACGACCUCUGACUCUCAAGAUCAGAGUACCCUCAGCUCCCACCGUCAAGUUGCAGAAGAAUCGUGGAAUUGUGUCUUUAUUCGUUAAAACAGAAAUCAAUGCUUUAAACCCGAACUCCAAAAAAACUCCCAUCUGCGUCCUUGGAGUGGUAAGUAUAUUUAAAAAGGAUUAGAAGGUGAUUUUCAACGUGGCUUCCAUAAUUCUUUUUGUAGACUUGUAGAGAAUUUAGAAUAUUGUGAGCCAGAGUGUGUUAAAUAUGCCUUUUUUAUGUAAAUCAUAUUAUCAGACAUUUAUUUUUACCAUUGUGGAUUAAUAAAUGAACUGGCAUAUUUGUUUUUCAGGAUGUACGCUUAAACGCAAAGUUUUCAGUGGGUGGAGAUAAACUGAUGAUCUCGCUGUCUGUUGACAGGUAAGUAUUCUUCUACUCUCUAAGUGCGAGACAAUAUUCAGCCAUUAAUCUCACAGUAUUUAUCUUACUAAUCGGUCUGAUUUAAAGGGGCUUUCUUAAAAGGGAACUGUCAUUUCACAGUAUUUAAAAUAUUAAGUUUACUUAUGACUAUAUUUAACAAAUAUGUUAUUGAGAAGUCUAAAAAUAAUAUCAGGUGCAAAAACGCAACCAUAUUCAUCUCCAUCUUGGUUCACUGUCAAUCAUUGUUACAAGCCUCACCCUUUCCCAGGGCUGGUGCAAGGAUUCUUGCCGCCUUAGGCAAUAAUCCAUUUUGCUGCCCCCUCAUAAAUGCAACUACAUUCUCUCAGAGGUUUAUUCACUAAAUUCUGAAUUGCAGUGAGAUACACACACACUUCCCCAUACAUACAUACACUGUCUAAUACAUACAUUCAUAGUGCCAAAUACAUACAUCCAUAUACACGUACUGCCUAAUGGAUACAUCAAUAUUCACAUACUACCCAAUACAUUUAUCCAUACACACAUACUACUUAAUAUUUAUAUCCAUACACUUAUACUGCCUAGAACAUACAUCAAUGCAUUUAGUGGGAUUUAAUUUAUAAUAAUGGUGGGAUUCAAUUUGUGUGAACUUUAAAGGACCACUAUAGUGCCAGGAAAACAAACUUGUUUUCCUGGCACUAUAGGGUCAUUAGGUCCCCCCUACCCUCAUGACACCCUCCUGCUUGGCCUCUCCUCCCCCUGCCGACGUCAGCUCCGAAUGUGCAUGCAUGGCAAGAACCGCGCAUGCACGCAUUCAAGCAGCCCAAUAGGGAAGCAUUACUCAGUGUUUUCCUAUGGACGUCCAGCGUCUUCUCACCGUGAUUUUCACAGUGAGAAUCGCGGAAGCACCUCUUGCGGCUGUCAGCGAGACAGCCACUAGAGGCUGGAUUAACCCUCAGUAAAACAUAGCAGUUUCUCUGAAGGGUUAAAACUAGAGGGACCUGGUACCCAGACCACUUCAUUGAGCUGAAAUGGUCUGGGUUCCUAUAGGGGUCCUUUAAGCAAAAAGAUUUUUCGUUUUAUAUAUAGAAUUAUAUUAAUAUAUAUUAUAAAUAUAAUUUAAUAUAUAAGAAUCUGUUUACAUGGCAGCACACACACUAGCACAAUCUUGCUGACAUGCACACACAGUCACUUACACACUCUCACUGACGUAUAAACACAAUGUCACUUACACACUUACUAACACACAGUCACUGACAUACAUGGUGCCACUUACACACUCUCAUUAACACACACGCACUCUCUCUGACAUACACAGUGUCACUAACACAUUCUCACUGACAUACAGUGUCACUUACACACUCUCACUAACACACACACACUCUCACUGACACACAGUGUCACUAACACAUUCUCACUGACAUACAGUGUCACUUACACACUCUCGCUAACACACACUCUCAGUCAUAUACACAGUGUCACUUACACACUCUCAUUAACACACACACACUCUCACUCACAUACACAGUGCCCCUAACACACACACUCUCACUCACAUACAGUCACUUACACACACACUAACACACACAAACAUUCUGCUCACUGACAUACACAGUGUCAUUUACACACGCUCAGUAACACAAACUCUCAUUCCCAUACACCGUUUCACUUACACACUCACUAACACACACUCUCACUCACAUACACAGUGUCAUCUACACACUCACUAACACACACUCUCACUGACAUACACAGUGUCAUUUACACACUCUCAGUAACACAUUCUCACUCACAUACACACUCAGUAACACACACUCUCACUGACAUAUACAGUGUCAUUUACACACUCUCAGUAACACAUUCUCACUCACAUACACAUUCACUAACACACACUCUCUCACAUACACAGUGUCACUUAUACACACUAACACCCUAACACACACACACACUACCACUCACUUUAUUUACACACACAGCAAUUCAGUAAACAGAGACACACCAAUUUACAAUCAUUUACACAAUAAUCAGUUUUCCCUUCCUCCAAAUGGUCCUAAGUGCUGUGACUGGAGGAGAGGGGUCCAACCUGCAGGAAGUGUUCGUGUUUCUGCUGGAGGAGCAGGAGAGCCUUGCACUCUGAGCACAUCCUACUUCCUGCUCCCUGCAGAGUGUUUCCGGUGUUCACAGGCAGGAGGCAGCAUGGAUACUAAGUCCUGUUCCGGCUCCCUAUGCCUGCAGGAAGCAGAGUGUUCUUCCCGGGAGGUGAAGAGAGGUGAGGAAAGGAGCCCAGCAGAUAAAUGGCUGCGCUGGGUGGUGGCUAAGGAGCCGAACGCCAGGCACAGCAGCCGCCCACCAGGAAUCCUCUCGGUGGGGGCUCCCAGCAGGCUAGCGCCCCAGGCCAAUGCCUUACUCACCUAAUGGUAGUGCCCACCCUGCCCUUUCCUGACCUUAGUAGGAGUUGUCACAGGAGAAGGAGGAACAUAAACAACUGGGGUUGUGUAUAAUUGCUGCAUUCGCUUUCAGAUUUGUGCUUGUUUUGUGUGCAUGCACCAUAUACUUAUCUAGUAAACAGUAAAUCCACCCUUUUCCAGUUUUGUCUCUUUUUUCAAAACUGUCUGUAUUUUAAUUUGCUUUAAAAACUUACCGAGAUUCCCCUUUUUCCAGCACUCAACUUUCCAUAUUGUCUACGUCAGUUGGACGCUUUGAUGUAAGUGUUUCUUUUUUUUAACAAGAAAACUAGUUUUAGUAUGGAAAAUUAUUUUGCAAUGAUAUCGUUAACCCCUUCAGGACGGUCCUGAACCGUCAGCGAUAAAACAUGCGUUUGGACCACUGACGGUCCUGAACCGUGAUAGCGAAAAACGGGCUGCGGGAAGCGAUCAAAGAUCGCUCCCGCCAGUAUAACUCUGUAACUAUCUGCCAGACAUCCCAGGCAGGUACUAACAGCCAAUUGCUGCAUGUGAGUGAUCCGCAAUCGCUCACAAUUGGCUGUCAAAGUGGGUGUUACAAACACUCACUUUGACAGUGAUCUCUGCCCCUCUCUCCUCUGUAGCGUUUUGUGAGGCGAGAGAGAAAGAGAUUGUGAUAGUUUGUUGCAGCAGAAGUGUUCGAGAGCUUUAUACAGUAUCUAAAGUAAAUUAAAAAAAUCCAUUUUAACCCCUUCCCUGACAGAUUUUUUUUGCCCUUAAAGGGUUAAAUUUGUUUUAAAAAUCUGUGUCUUCGUCUGUUUUGGUCUGCCUUGGUCUGUCUUAGUCAGUCAGUUUCCUACCCCCAUAUCUCCAUUAGAUUUUUGUGACAGGAGUUAGUUUAGGGAUUGCUGUUUAGUCUGUUUUAGUAAAAAAAAAAAAAGAAAAACGUAUAAAAAAAAAUUUGUGUGUUGGUAAUUUGUUUUAGUUGUGUGUAAAACAUGCAGCGUAUGUAUAACUUGCAGGAGGCAUAUGCCUUCUUGGCGUCAGACUCUGACGCCACUGACACUGCGUCAGAUUUUGACCCAGGUCAGUUUUCUGACACGUCUAGUCAAGACGACAUGUCAUCUGUGUGCGAGCCGGCUGAAGAAAGAAGGUGUGCUUCCUCUGCUACGCCGAAUGUGGAGGAGGACUGGGUACCUCCACAGUUAGCCGAGCCCAAUGUUCCCCUCUUUUAGUGCCAACGCAGGCAUUAAUGUUAAUGUUGAUGGCUUCUCCCCAAUGCAGUAUGUAGAACUAUUUUUAGGGGAUACCAUCUGGGAGGAGAUUGCUUCCCAGACUAACUUGUAUGCUACCCAAUUUAUUGAUAACAAUCCAGGUAGCUAUACAGUCAGGGAGCAUGACUGGCAUCCCACAGAUGUCCCAGAGCUUAAAACAUUCUGGGCUCUUACAAUGCUCAUGGGGAUUAUAAAGAAGCCAUUGAUUCACUCAUACUGGAGCACCAACCCAAAAAUGUCUAGUCCAGUAUUCUCCCAAACCAUGCCUAGAGCCAGAUAUGAGUUACUGCUGAGAUUUUUACAUUUCAGUGACAAUACCCUCUGUAUUACUUAUAUAUCAAGUUGAAAAACUGACAUGUACAAGUUCUGAUUGUUGCCUUUUGGCCCCCAAACAACCCAGCAACCCUAUUACAUGGGGGGUAUCACUGUACUCGGGAUAUGUUGCUGAACAUAUUGGGCAGUGUUUGGCAGUGACAUAUAACAGGAUCUGUUAAUUCAUGCUUAAAGUACAAUGUGUGUGACAAAGAAACAAAAAAAGAUUACUACCCAAAAGUUUGACAAAGGCUGGUGGUAGAAUUCAGUGCAUGAAAAGUGUUAAAAUACCACCAUUUAAAAUACCCUGGGUUGUCUACUUUUCAAAAAUAUAUGGUUUGAUGGGGGUUAAAUACAUUGGCUCAAAUGGGACAUGGGCGCAGGUUGAUUACAUGUCAAAAUUCCAAACGUGGCCUUUUAGCCCCCAAAGAACCCGACAAGCCUAUGCAUGAGUGGUAUCACUGUAUUCAGGAGAUCUUGCUGAACACAUAUUGGGUUGUUGUGUUGCAAUGAUACAUAACAGGAUCUGUUAAUUCAUGCCUAAAGUACAAUGUGUGUGAAAAUACAGAAAAAAAAAUACUAACUCAAUGUUUGACAAAGCCUGGUGGUAGAAUUAGUGCAUGGAAAGUGUUAAAAUACCACCAUGUGAAAUACCCUAGGGUGUCUACUUUUCAAAAACAUAUAGUUUGAUGGGGGUAAAAUACAUUGGCCGGCUUCAAAAAAUGUCCCAAAUAGGACAUGCAUGCAGGUUGACUACAUGUCAAAAUUCCAAGCUGGGAAACUGAUAUGCGCACCUGCAAAAUGUGGCCUUUUAGCCCCCAAACAACCCAACACACCUAUACAUUGGGGGUAUCCUUGUACUUGGAAGAUAUUGCUGAACACAUAUUGGGGUGUUGUUUGGCAGUGACACAUAACAAGAUCUGUUAAUUCAUGCCUAAAGUACAAUGUGUGUGGAAAAAAACUGAAACAUUUUUACUAACUCAAUGUUUGACAAAGCCUGGUUGUAGAAUUAGUGCAUGGAAAGUGUUAAAAUACCACCAUGUGAAAUACCCUAGGAUGUCUACUUGGUUUGAUGGGGGUAAAAUACAUUGGCCGGCUUCCAAAAUGUCCCAAAUAAGACAUGCAUCCAGGUUGACCACAUGUCAAACUUCCAAGCUGGGAAACUGAUAUGGGCACCUGCCAAAUAUGGCCUUUUAGCCCCUCAACAACCCAACACACCUACAUAUGGGGGGUAUCCCUGUACUCGGGAGAUGUUGCUGAACACAUUUUGAGGUGUUGUUUGGUAGUGACACCUAACAGAAUCUGUGAAUUUAUACCUGAAUUGCAAUGUAUGUGAAAACAAAUAAAAAAAAUAAACUACCUAUGCAAAGUUUGGCAAAGAUUUGUGGUAAAAUGGCUGCAUAGAAAGUAUCAAAAUAUUCUUAGAUGAAUACCCUGGGUUAUCUAGAUUAAUAAAAAUAUAUACAUGUGGGUGUUUUUUGGAGAUUUAUGACAUAACAGUGUUACAAUGUCACUAUUGAUACGUUUGAAAAAUGUACAUUUUGAAACAGCAAUUUCCUACUUGUACUUAUAUCUCUAUAACUUGCAAAUAAAAGCAAAAAAACUCAUAAACAUUUGGUGUUUUUAAACUCAGGACAACAUUUUGAAUCUAUUUAGCAGUUUUUUUCAUUCGAUUUUGUAGAUCAGUAAAAGAUUUUUUAAGUAAAAGUCAAAAGAACUUGUUUUUUUUAAUUUUUCUCCAUAUUUUUUUUUUUUUUUAAUUAAAUUAGAUGACAUGAUAAAAAUAAUAGUAUGUAAAGAAAGCCCCUUUUGUCCUGAAAAAAACCAAUAUAUAACUUGUAUCGGAACAGUAAAUGAGAGAGCGGAAAAUUACAGCUAAACAUAAACACCACAAAAGUGUUAAAAUAGCUCUGGUCCUUAACGCACAAACAUCGCAAAAACAGUCCGGUCCUGAAGGGGUUAACAGUGCAGGCACUUGUAAAAUGCAAAAAUCGAGAAUGGUACAAUGUCAGCAAUACAAAUAUACGGAGGGGUCAAACUCGUAAAAGUGAUAUUUUUAUUCGCUGAGUAAAUAUGAGGUUAGACUUUCUUCAGGCAUGUUCUACAAAUUACUAUGUCUGAAAAAUUUGAUUGAUUGUAUUUGCAAGGUUUUAUUCAGCCAAUAAAUACAUCACCUCAACUCUCUUUAGCUCCGAGAAAUAUAAAAGGUUUAAUAAUUAUAGUAGUACUUUCUUGGUUUUUUGCCAGUUAGAUCCUGGGACGAUCAGCUGACGAGUCUCUUGUUUUUAAGGUUUCGGUAUUAGGUGGACUCGUCGGGAACAUAUUCAGCUUUGCCUUCCUGCCAGCAAUUAACAGUAAGGAUUCCAUUUUAUUAUUAACAACAAUUUGCUUAACCUGUUUAAUUAUUUUGGGGUGAAAAGACAGAUGUGACAAAGUUAUAGAAUGCAGUGGUCUUGGGGCUCCAAGCAAGAGUGAAUCAUGUGAUUGUUUGCACUCUCCUCCAACAAGAGGUAACAAGUAUUGUGCCCAUGCACGGAGGCUGAUUAAUGUAUCAAUAUGGUAUUAAUUAGAUUUAUGAAUUCGGUUUUAACCCAUAUUACGAUUUUUCAGAAUUUUUGUCGAUCAGCAGUUCGUCUGAAAUCCCAAACUUUGACAAUCUAUGUGGAUAAUUCAUAAAACAAAAUGGACACUGGACAGACAGUUUUGUUAAUUUCAUGAUUCAAAGUUCCUUUAUUAGGGCCAACAAAAAAGAUGAUUGAUAGCAAAACGAUUAUUAAUGCUUAGGGGACAGUCACUCAAUGUUCAUUUUACUCACAGUUAAAGUGAGAAGUGAACAAUAGAGGAAGAAAUAGGAGGAUCAGUAACAAAAGAAAAUCUUUAUUUCUUUCUCAUAUAUUUAUUAGAUACAUAAUAUAUAAAUACAGAUUUAUUCUUUUAUCUGCCCAACUUUUUUCCCACUGUCGGGCACUUAACCAAAUGGCACAAAAACGCACCUAUCAGUGUACUUCAAAAUAACUGAUUGGCCAUUUUCACGCUAUUUUGGUUAGUCCGAAUUACUCUUUCCAAAACAAUACCAUAGAUAAAGUUCCCCCAAAUGCAACAAAUUACCCAAAACUAUUUGGGGAGAUGAAUUAAUUGGAUGAACCAAAUUGUGAAAUGUUAAUUAUCUUCACAAGCCUUUUCUGGAGGUGUAAUUUCUCACGUCUAACUUGUUUAUUUGUAGCUGUUGUAGGACAAGGAAUUCCUCUUCCAAAACUGAUGAACAUUAACUUUAAUGAUGCCAACAUUGACAUCCUUGAUGUAAGUAUUUAUUUAUUGUUUAAGGGACACUCCAGAUACUCCAGAUUCGUAAAGCAAUUUUGUUUGCUGAGAUGCUUUCUGUGUGAAGAAAGUGUCUUUUUUAUUUUACAAAAAGUGCAGAUUUCAAUAGCAACUGGAACUUCUAUAAAUGUAUCUUGUUACACCCCUUGGCUGUCAAUCAGACACCCUGUCCUGUUACUUUCUGGUUUGGUAAGCUCAGUGGAACUAAACUCAACAGGCAGCAAUUGCCCAGAGCACCUUGUCUUGCAAAGGCAUCUCAUUGAGUUGUAUUGGGAUUUGUAAAAGGCAUAGGAGUGUCUCUUUAAUGUUGUUAUGUUUACUCAUUGAUGUUCGAAUCUCCAAAAACAAUAGCUAUAUCAUUAUAACACAAAGCGUCUUGAGGUGUGUAAAAUUAUGUCCUAUUUAACGUCAUUUAAGGUGGUGAUCCUUAUGCCCAGUCUCUACCCCCUAAUCGAAGACAUCAGAUGUUUGAACAUUGCUUUAAUCUAUACAAGUCAGCUAUCUUCACACAUAGCACAAGUUCUUCCAUGGGACAGUGCACUGUAUGUAUAGGCAGAGUGUGCCUGUGUUAUUAUUAUUAUUAAAGCAGCGCUUUACAGUGUUGUGCAAAUGUUUGAAUGGAUCAUUAAAGGACUUUCUACUUCCUUGUAUGACAUCACAGAUUAGGAGGGUGGGAUCUUUGCAGUCCCAAAACAUGAGAAAAUGUACACUAGUACUGAGAAUAAAACACAAAAAUGUAGAGAAAGCCCAAUGCACAGCUUGGUUGAUAAGGGCUACUAGGGAAUCCCCCCAAAACAUAUACUAAAGAGCACCAAGCAAUGACGUCCUGAAACGUUUGUUAUUUGGAGUUCAAUACAUUCAAUAAAUAUAUUUGGGUUUCACUAGUGGCCCUUAUCAACUAAGCUGCGCACUGGGCCUGUUCUAUAUUAUUGCGAUUACUUAAGUUGUGGAGGGGUUGUAAGGGCACUCCUGGCACCAUAACCACUGCAUCACGCUGUAGUGUUUAUGGUGCCAACAUAUUUCUAUAAUCCUAAGGUGAAUCUAGUAUUCAUCCUGUAUACAGUGUCACAUAUCUGGUAUACAUUCAACUAUAAUUAAAAUGACAUGUUAGAUAGAAACACAGAGACAUUUAAUCAUUCUCAGAAAUGUUUUUCCAUAAACAUUAAUGGCAAAUUUCCUUUUCUAGGAUCUCGUGGUGCUUUCUUCAUAA